CCGAGCAACCGCGCAUUUCAGUCACCUCGUGGUUUGAGCAUUCAAUGCAGUUAGCAGGAAUUUGCAGUCAUAGGCAGGAACUCAAUACAUUGAGACGUCUUGCCCAGUUUGCAGAAAUUUGUAGUCAUAGGCAGGAACUCAACACGUUAGGACGUCUUGCCCAAGUUUGAAGGUACUUGAAGUACUUCCCCGGUUCUGAAAAGUUUGAGCAGCCAAGACCAGCAUGACCGGAAGAGGCAAAGGCGGCAAGGGCAAAGGCAUGGGAGGGAAGGCACGGAGCCGCUCCAACCGGGCAGGGCUGCAGUUCCCCGUGGGCCGGGUCCACCGGUUCAUGCGCAAGGGCCGCUACAGCGAGCGCAUCGGGGCCGGCGCGCCGGUCUACAUGGCGGCUGUCCUGGAGUACCUGGUGGCGGAGAUCCUGGAGCUGGCCGGCAACGCGGCCCGGGACAACAAGAAGACGAGAAUCAACCCCCGCCACUUGCAACUGGCCAUCCGCAACGACGAGGAGCUCAACAAGAUGAUGUCCGGAGUGACCAUCGCCCAGGGCGGGGUGCUGCCCAACAUCCAGUCCGUGCUCCUACCGUCCAGCAAGACCAACAAGGCGGCCAAGGCGCUGGCUGCGCAGAGCCAGGAGUAUUGACCACCGACGGGGAGGCGUUCACUCCCCGGACUCGGGAAUCUCUAACGGGCCGUUCUUACUGAUCGUGAAUUACCCGCAGAGGGAGUGCAUGUGGCUCUCCGAGGUGUACAAGAACUACUGGAAAGUUUACUACCGGCAGUUGAACUAUAAAACGUCAGGAGUUAUCUGUGAAAAUCCUAGGACUUCCCUGUUCCAGCAGAACUCUUGAACAGACUGAAAUCCUGACUUAAUUUGUACAUACUGGUGUUCCGAUCACUGCAGGAGAAUUUAAAGAGUCAAAAAAGGUGACUGAAACUUUAAGGGAUCUGUACCGUUUGCAUGACAAUAACCUGCUUUUGUGUAAAGCUUAAGUUAUGAAAGCAUGCCGGCUUGAUCGUAAUUAUGUGUGUAACAUCUACUCGACGUUAUUAUGAUUGUUACAAAAGUACAGAAGUUAAAACCAACACCGGAAACCUAAGACACGAGCCAAAGGAGACACUCUGAGGCAUUUCAAAAAAGAAACAAUUUGAUAAGGCAUGUUAACUUUGAUUCUCGCCUAUCGCUAUACAUCUUCACUCUGAUAGUUCUUUAUGAGGGACAGUUCCUUUAAGAGAAAACAUAAUUAAAGCCAUUAUUAAAGCAAUUGCAAAAGAAAACUCCAAUUUCCAACGUCUAGCACACGCUCAUUGCGUAUUAACUUUCAGUAAACAUCAGGCAGACCUUCCUCGUUGACAAGCGAUGUAUGUGUGUUUGCAUUCGAUCCCACAACCAACAGACCAAGAGACUGAGACCAUUCAUCCUUUACAAGGAGAGUCGCGGGGGAAUGCAGAUGACAGCAACUUUUGCACACUCCAGAAAAUUUCUUCGAGGCUAUUUAAUUCGGAAUUUCAUAUAUUAUCGCAAUUUUUCUGUGUGCCUGCUUCAUUCUGAAUUCGUCUAAGUUUUUCAAGUCUUUACUUCAAGGCUGAGAUGAUUGAACGUUUUCGUCUUUGCUAAAAUCGAAGUUUUGUUCAAAACGUGAAAUAAUGUAACCAAUUUCAAGGGCAGACCCAGGACCAUUGGGGCGGAGCUUGUUUUUGAGGAGAGAAAAAAAUGUUUUUGCCUUUUGGGGGCGGGGCGUGGGGCGCGUUUACCCCAGAUCUACCCUCGAGGUCUAAAGUUUUAGGGCUUUGAAUGUAAAAGUACUUCCAUAGUCGAUGACUAUCUACAUAUACAUGUAGUGCCACUUAUCAAGCAAGCCUAAAGUAUGUCAUUUCAUUGUUGGAUUGCCCUUGAAGAAAAAACUCGAGUAAACUAUACAGCCUGAAGUCAAACUCGACAACUUGUCUGUGGUUUGUCCAAAUAGAAUUGGCUUUCAAUUUAUUGUGGGAAAGAGGACCAUGACGCUUUUGGGGUGGGCAAAACUUUGGCAUUUCCUCAUGCAACGUUUUAUGAACUUUCUUAGAAGCGAAG